ACAGUGUCAUUUAUGGCGCUGACUUUGACUAAAUCAUACUAGAUCUAAAUGAUAGAAGAUCUAAAUGGCUAAUUUACUAAACUAAACCUAGAUCUAGCAUGUAGUUCUAGAAAUAAAAAAAGGAAGACAAUGUCCUGAUGAAUGUUAUUAAGAUAAUUUAAAUUUAUUAUUUAGAUCUGGCAUAGAUCGAUAGAAAUGCUGCAUGUUAUUACCGAAGUAGGCAAACCAGGAAGGCAAGAAAGAGAAAAGCGCCAUUAUCCAGAUGCUCAUAACCAACCAGGCCCGAUUCUACCCAUCAAACCAAGGGGCAGACGUUACAUACCCCACGAUUCUGGUAGAGAGCCUGAAUGGAAACCUCACAAUCAAAACAUAAAUAUAGUUUAUUCAGAUGUUGGCCCUGACUGGAGCUCUCGGCUCAAGUACAUACCUCACCCAGAAAACCCUGAAUAUCCAGCUGCUGAAAUCUGGCCAGAUAACUGGAAAGGAAUGCGCCCAUAUCCGUUUACAUACAAAAGAUCUGAAGAUGAAUGGCUAUUUGAUCCUGGACACAAGAAGCCUAGCCUUAGAUGUGUAUUUGAAGGUGUCCAUAAAGCUACUGCUGUGUCAGAGAAUAGCUUCUCACAUGAAAUGCUGUACGGCAAAGGAAGAAAUGAGGAAAUCAUAGAUAAGAGAAAUUCCAUACCAGAGGCAUCUCCUGGUGACAAAAGUUACCAAGUUCCAGAAUAUUCACCUAAUUUCCAUAAGACAGAAAACUAUCUGCCAAAGUUUAGCACUGGUACAUCUCCUUACUCUCCAACACUUAAAAGAAAAGCUGACACAUUUGUUCCUCUGAUGACUUUCAGACCAGUAAAAAAAGAGACAUUCAGGCAGAGAACAGAGGUUCUGCAGAAAAAAAUGGAAAUGGAAGAGGUGAAAAAGUUGGACUCUUGGCAGCCUGCUAAACCAAUAGCCAGCACAAUACCCCAGUUGGAUCCAUCCGAAGUCCCUAAAAAAUAUUAAUAGAAGUCCCUGUCAGACAAAGAGCUCUUUCUAUUUUUAUUCUGUUGCUUUUUGUAUGAUACUUUAAGAAGCAAAGAAAGACAUUGAGAUUCUCAAGUUUUACAUUGUGAGCUCAAUAUUGUUAAUAAGAGCAAAAGAAACUAAUUUUAAAUAAAAUUUAACUUUGUAGUAGAAAAACUUACAGAGCACUGCACCCACAGUAAUAUUACACAAGAUAAACUUUUUUUUUUUCAAUCUGCAAUAUUAUAUUUUAUAUUCCAUAUUUUUGCCAAAUUGUGUGUGUUGUGUAUUUUAUACAAGUGAUAUUAUUUGUUAUAAGCAUCUGUGAUUUUAAAAAAAAUGUUAUUCAAUGUGAACCACAGCUUUGAUGUGCUGUUAAGAUUUUGCUUUUGAAGAUAUUGUCUACUUUCUCUUUUUUGCUAACUUGUGAGUCGUUUGUGUCAGUGCCAAAUGUGAUGUAAGUUAAAAUCCUAGUUGAGGGUAGAGUUUUGUCUAGAUUUUAAAAUAAACCCCCAAAAAACUUUGCCCACAAAAAAAAAAAAAAAAAAUACAAAAUUCCAUCUUAUUUACUUCUGGGUCUUAAAUACAAGUUUAAUUUACUAACAUUAGUCUUGUUAUCAAAUCUAUUUUUAUCCUUCUGUAUAUUGAUGCUAAAAGUAAAGCUUAGGGUCACUUAGUUUUUAAAAACUGGUACAUUUGUUUUAAGAUUUGAGAUGCCAAAUAUGUUUGCCAAACUAAAAAUGAUGCUUAUCUUUACAACUUACCAUAAAGCGACUUCCUAUUUGUCAAUGUGCUUUGCUUACAUAACUCAUCAAUGUUCAUGAGCUUGUACAUAUUAUUAUGUCAGUAUUGUCCAAAAAGUGCCAUUGUCCCUACAGCAUUGCAUGUCAUAUUUAACAGCUUUUUCUUUAUAAAUAUCUUUAAAAGAAAUCCACUUGUUAAAAAAGCCCAAAAAAGAUUUGUAUUUGUGUAUUGAAAUAUAUGUUUGCACUAAUCUAUGUUUUUAUAUGCAGCUUAAUUUAACUUAUGCAUUAUGUUGGACUAAACUCCCCAUUUAUGCGAGCAUAAUAGAACCAUUCAAAAAUUUAAUUGGAAAGAAACUUAAUCUGCUUUUAUGUAUCACAAUUGUAUUGUACUAUAAUAUGUAAAGUAGUAAACUGCUGUACUACCUAUCAAAGGAACUGGAAUUUGAAUCUCUACUUAGUAGAUUUGUGUUUGCUAGCCGCCCAAAGCAGAAUGGAAACCAUCCCUCACUGGUUCACAAAUGAGAAUGGACCAAAGCGCUCUGAACAUGCUAUAAUCAUGAAAGUUGAGCUAUACAAAAGCUAUUUUAAUAAAAGGUUUCACUUGUAAUGAAAGUAUUAUGGUUUCAAUGAUGUUAUAGUGCUGUUAUGUUCUAUCCUUACUAAUCCUUAUAUAAUGGAUGAUGGAGCAACAUUGUCAUCCCUUAAAAUACUAUCCGAUCGUAUCUUAAAUGAUCAUUGAGUCCUAUAUAGUUUCUCUUUCACCAUCAUUCAUGACCAGACAGCUUUUCUUAUAUAGGGGUUUUCAAAACUUGGGUCUUCAAUGUACUUGUACAUGAAUAUGCUAAUACGCUGUGCAUUUUUGAAAGCAUGUACUUUUUUUUUUCACUUUUUGCCAUCAGAAUUAAAUUUCUAAACUCUUUGCUUCUAGUACAUUUGUUUGUACUGAGUGUGCAUAAGUAUUCUUGCAUUAGAUUCUCCUCUUUUCAUUUUCUUAAGUUUUUAUAGGUUUUGGAACUAGGCCCACUGUUGCAAUGGGAAAAGAUUGUAUCUCUAGAUGUAAAAUGUCACAGGAUUAUAUCUCCUCAGCAUUUCUCUAUAACACAUUCUCUUUUUGUCUCUAUUUGAGAAGUUUACUUUAUUAAAUUAACUAUAAAAUCCUAUGUCUGUAUUAUUUGAAAUCAUUUAUGUGGCCAUAGUUGCUGAAUGGUAUAAACUGAUUGGUUACCUAGCUUAAGGGUGUCUAGUUUGAAUCCCUAUGUAUGGCUACAUAACUUAAGGGUGUCUAGUUUGAAUCCCUAUGUAUGGCUACAUAACUUAAGGGUGUCUAGUUUGAAUCCCUAUGUAUGGCUACAUAACUUAAGGGUGUCUAGUUUGAAUCAAGGAUGCCCUACUCAAAAGAAAUAAUAAUGAACAUCUCUUUCAACAUGAAUGAACCAGCAAUUGUUUUUAGUGUUUUAAUGGCUCGCUUGAUUUCUUUUUGUUAUUAUUAUUUCUUGUAUGAGAUGUUCAUGGAUAUUCUUAAAUUCCAUUUUUUUUCCUGGAUCAGUUUUAGUUCCUGAGAGACCAUAUUUGGCGAAACUGCAGGUUUAGAGUCAAGUCUUUCCAAAUUCUUUUAAUAAUUAAAAAAAAAAAUUUGACCUGCUUAGACUCUCACAUAGCCCUACAGACUGGUUUGCAUUCCAGUGUUUAGCAACUAAUAGCUGUAGAAUUAAUGUCUUUCAUUACUUCCACUGCAAAUGACACAUUUUUAAUCUAAGGUUGCAUUUUUAUGUGUUCUAAAUGUGUCUAGUGCUGUUCAUCCUCUUGUAAGCAUUUAGUACACAACAAAUUGAUAAAUCUAUUUAACAUUUAUGAAGGUUAAAAAUGGUAAUUCUUAAAAUUCAGAGAAAACCAUUUCAUUACAUGGCUCCCUGGUCAGGUGGUAUUUGCUUUGGAUUUUUAUAUUGAUGGUCCUGAGUUUGAUCCUUGACUCUAUCAUCCUUUGUCAUCUUGAGGUAUGUUCUGGCCACAAUUUAAUAUAGUUUCAUUUCUGAAAGACUAUCCAAUACAUAUAGAUAAUUUAUUUGAAUAAUUAGGAUGCAGUGUAUGGUACAUGAUUCAUGAAACAUUUAUGGUGCUUUUGUUUUAUUAAAUUGAUCUAAUUGUUUUUAAAUAGCUCACAUCUAUCAGUAUUUAAAUGGAUUGUCUCUCUUUUUAUAUUGUAUCUCAAAGUUAUUGCUUCAAAGUUAAUGUAAACCAAUGCUAACAUAUAUCUUUAGAAGUAUUCUAAUAUUUAUCUGGAUCCAUCUAUUUUGAAAGUACAUAUUGGACUACAUAUAGAACUAUUUCAUAGCAAUUAAUAUCCAUCUUGAAACUAUUGUGAAGAAAUGUACCAUAGUCUAUUUUUAGUAAUCAUAAAGUUAGCUUCUGUAUAUUUUCUUGUUUUCUUUCUCAAUGUAUAUUAGGCUAUCAGUAUUGUCAACAAGGUGCAGUCCGUGUUCACAUUCUAUUUAUAUCUUCUGCAUAGCAUUAUGGGAUUUUUAACUGUUCUAAUACAUAGUUAUACUAUGUACAAAUAUACACAUAUACUAGUAUUAUUGUAUUUAUAUUUACAUGCAUGUAACUCAAGUGUAGUUGUUUUUAUUCAUUGCACUGUAUUCAGUUUUGUUUCUUCUGGAUUUCACUAUUAUACUCUUACCAAUCACACUGUAAGAUGUAAUAAAAUAAAUCAUGCCAUG